AUGUUCGUAUCUCCUUCACCAAGUAAUAUUUCUAUGUUGGGGAUACAAAAGAGACAUGGGAAGAAGAAGAGUGCGUCUGAAGAACAUAGACCAGCAAACAGAGUUGAUGAGAAACAAGAGUAUCAUGAAAAUGAUGUACACGAACAUCUUCGAAAGGAAGCAAAUUUUGUCAAUGCUCCACCUGAAUAUGCUGAUAGGGCUAGAUUAGAGAUUAAAAAGAGACUUCUACCAAACCAAAAAAAUCUUCCAAAUCAUAGCCGUAACAAUAAUGACAUUUCAGACGCAUAUAGUAUAUCGACAACUGUUGACAGUCAGAGUUCUUUCUCAUCAGACGCAGCAUCUAGUAUAUUUUCACAGCCUUCCACAAUAUUUUCACAAACUACCAAUGAUAGCGUACCUUUAACGCAUUCAAAAUUCAUAACGCAGCUUUCUUUAGAGGAAGCCCUCCCGAAGACAUUUUUUGAUAUGUAUUCACCAGAAGUUCUCAUGUCAGAUCCUUCUAAAGUUCUGUAUAACGGCAGACCAUCUUUUACUAAAAGAGAAUUAUUAGAUUGGGAUCUUAACGAUGUGCGAUCACUUUUAAUCGUAGAGAAUUUACGCCCAGAAUGGGGCCAUCAGCUACCAGAAAUUAUCAAUCGAACCGCACCAAGUCUUCCGAAAUUUAGAUUCCAAUUAUUGCCCUUAAAUUCCGCUGAUACUGUUAUAAUACAAACUUUGGUAAAUUCAGAUUUAUAUUUGGAGGCAAAUAUUGAUUACGAAUUUAAACUUACAAGUGCUAAAUACACGGUUGCUGCAGCUCGAAAACGUCAUGAACAAAUUGUGGGUGUUCACGAGCCAAUAAUGACUUUAUCAAAACCUGAAUGGAGGAACAUCAUCGAAAAUUAUCUAUUAAAUAUUGCAGUGGAAGCGCAGUGUAGAUUUGAUUUUAAGAAUCAUUGUAAUGAAUUCAAAAAAUGGAAAAGUGAGCAACAUAGUCUGAAUUUGAAGAAACCUGAUAUGCCUCCACCAAGAAUGAUACCGACGACGUUGAAUAAAAAUAGCAGUCUAUUGAAGAAAACGUUAAUGAAAAAUCUACAAUUGAAAAACUUCCAAGAGAAUAAAGACUCAAUAGCAAUAAAUACAUCAAACUAUAAUGAUGGCCCUUCUGACAACGUUUAUACUACUAAUCACAAAAUAACAUUGACUAAAGAAGAAAAAGCUAGUAUAUGGUCCCAAUGUCAAACCCAAGUCUAUCAAAGACUGGAAUUAGACUGGAAGCCCGAUGGAGUGUAA